GAUCUUACAGCUCACACUCGGCUGACUGGUGCCACGCUGCGGCGCCUGCUCAGUGCGCCUCCGCCGCUGCUGCUCGGAUCCUGGACCAGGAGCUCCUCUGCGUCCUCUGCACUGUGUGUGCGUGUGUGUGUGCGUGUGUGUGUGUGUCUGUGUGUGUGUGUGUGUGUGUGUGUACAGUGUGUGUGUACAGUGUGUGUCUGAUGGUAACCUAUGGAUUGACGGAGGGAGGCUAUUGUUGUCAGCCCGGUGGUUCUUUCUGCUGGAGCUGCACUUUCCCCGGAGAAUGCGCCGGAGCUGCGUUACUGCUCGGAUAGCGCAGAAACCCCCCGCGGAAACACGAUAUUGACAUGAAGAAAGACAUUGAGACUCUAAUAGCAGAGGAACGUGCUGAUAUCAUCUUGAAAUAUGCUGCGGAUGGAGAGUUCACACGUGGUUGGUUUUGUGGUUAAAGAAACGCCCAGCAGACACUGAGAUGGACAAAAGCGUGAAUUCAACUGGCCGGCAGGGCGGCGUGGAGAUCGACCCCUGGGAAGAUGCUGACUACAGUAUCUACAAAGUCAUCGACCGCUUCGGCUUCAUGCAUGAGGACGAGCUGCCCGCCCCGACUACCCACGAGGAAAAGCGGAAGCAGCUGGAGAUAGAGAGAGCGGAGAAGUGGCUGAAGAUGGUGAAAAAGUGGGAUAAAUACAAGAACAGCGACAGGAUGGUGAAGCGGGUGUACAAGGGCAUCCCCCUGCAGCUCAGAGGCCGGGCCUGGGCACUGAUGCUGGACGUGGAGAGGACGAAGAAGGAGAACGAGGGCAAAUACGAGAGAAUGAAGGAGCAGGCCCGACUGUACUCGUCCGAGAUCAAGCAGAUCGACCUGGACAUCAACAGGACCUUUCGAAACCACAUCAUGUUCAUGGAUCGCUUCGGAGUCAAGCAGCAGUCUCUUUUCCACGUUCUUUCUGCAUAUUCGGUCUACAACACAGAGGUGAGCUACUGCCAGGGGAUGAGUCAGAUUGCCGCCCUGCUGCUGAUGUACAUGAACGAGGAAGACGCCUUCUGGGCGCUGUCGCAGCUGCUGACCGAUCAGAAACACGGCAUGCACGGAUUUUUUGUUCCAGGGUUCCCCAAACUUCAGCGGUUCCAGACGCAUCAUGAUCAGAUUAUUUCGAAACUCGUCCCCAAGCUGAAGAAACAUCUGGACAGAGAGCAGAUGUCUGCAGGGAUUUACAGCACCAAAUGGUUCCUGCAGUGUUUCAUCGACAGGACGCCGUUCACGCUGACCCUUCGCCUGUGGGACAUUUUCAUCCUGGAGGGGGAGAGGCUCCUCACCGCCAUGUCCUACACCAUCCUGAAGAUACACAAGAAGCGCCUGCUGAAGAUGUCUCUGGAGGAGCUCAGGGAGUUCCUGCAGGAGCGGAUCGCUCAGACUUUCCUCUACAGCGACGACGUCAUCGUCGAGCAGCUUCAGGCCUCCAUGACCGAACUGAGGAAGAUGAAGCUGGACCUUCCUCCUCCAGGGAAACCCGACGAGUUGCCCCGUAAGCCUCUGGGUCAGGAGCUGCCGGUGCUGUUGAGUCCAGUCCAGCCCUCCAGAGGGAAGUCGUCCUCAGCCAGCGGGUUCCCCAGACCCGGCCUGAGCCUCCACAUCAUCUCCCACCAGCCUGACUCCAUCUCCCCAGACCAGAGCCCCUCUAAGGACCCGAGGGAUCUCGACGCUGUGGACGAGGAGGAGGCCCCGCUGCCUUCCCCGGACCCCGUCAUCAUCCACAGCGAGGCUCCGCUCACCCCCGACGGGUCCCCGCUCACGGGCCCUCCGCCUUACCGCCCUCCGGGGAGUCAAGCAGUGGACCGCCACUCGCCACCGGAUCAGCCCUCCAUAGACGACUCCUCGGCCGCCACCACCGAGCAGUCCUCCUGCACGGUCCCGCGGACUCUUUCGGCGCCCGUGGCUCAGGUGGCGUCGCCGGCUUCGGAUCUGGUUCAGUCUGAGAGUCUGUCUGCGGCUGAGAGGGCCGAGGACCACUACCUGGUCCAGCUUCUGGAGCAGGCCUCGGCUCUGGGCACCGACAGGAACCUGAACCAGGACUCCAGUGAAGUGUCGGAGGAAACACGGGACCCGGACACCUCGUGAAGCUCUGAUUUAUUGAUUAUGUGCCCUCUCUGUUUAUUAUUAUUGGAUUAUGUGUGAGUGGAGUUGGCUCUGAACUACACGAGUGUGAUUGAUCGGUCAGAUUAUCGAUGUCAAGCAAUAAUUGCUUAUAAAUAUGGUUCAGUUUUAGUUUGGUAAUUUAAAAAAGUUAGUCAAACGUCCUCCUUUGUUUAAAAGUUUGGGUGUUUUCCACACAGGGAGGGUCUAAAGAAAGAGUUGCAUUAUGGGAAGUGUAGUGUUUUUGGAGCUCGGCCCACAUAGAGGACUAAAAUUUGGUCGUUCAUCUCACAAACUAUUUCAAUGUGGUUUCAAUUGCAGAGGAAUUUCAAAUAUUAUUAUUGUAGAAAAUUAAAAUGGACAUCAUUUAUUAUUUAAUUGACCCUUCCUAAGCCCCGCCCCCUUUUUGCUAUGUGCUCCAAUCACAGUUGAGCAAGCCUCGGUCAACUUCCUCCUUUCCUGUACUUAGAUAUGCUAUGCUAGGCUAAUCUACGUUGGAAAGACAACCACAGUUUGAAGAUAGUUAAAAGCUAAAAGAGACAUUUAUUUAAGGAUUAAAGGUUAUUUACAACGUAAGAUUGUAGAAAUAAAUUCUGAUUAAAGUUUUGUUUACAAACAAAAUAAUAAUUGUAAUAAUAACAAAUAAUAAAAAGUUAUCUAAGUUAGCUAAAAAACUGUAGUUAACUAACAACAUAGAAAUUAGCUUUCUGAUGUAACUAGCUAGCUAACUUAACAUGUACUACAUAUAUUUCACUUUUAUCGUCACAGUUUGGUUCUUUUCAACAGGAAAGGAGGAAGUUAAGAAGUAAAGUCUGAGGAAGGGUCGGUUACUUUAACCAAAUAAUAAUAAUAAUAAUAAAAACAGUAAUUAAAACAGUCUGUGCAGAGUAAACGUAGCGCGGUCAUUAGCUUCUGCUGCAGCUGUGUCUGUAGAGAUAUCACUGUUUAAAGUUCCUCUCAGACAGACAGACAGACAGUCAGACAGACAGACAGACAGACAGACAGACAAACUGGGAGAGGAGGACGUCUCAGAGGCAUCACCCUUUACAAUAAAAGGAAAUUUUUUUGUAGUUUUGUAACGUUUUCGUCGGAGAACAAAAUGUUGCUCAGUCGGCCUUUGUAAAAUGUUUGCUAGCAGAGUCACAGUUUUAUUUUUUGUACCAAUGUCUCGAUGCCUUAUUUGGAUCCACUUCAGUUCUUCUGUGGACGUUGUUGUUGAUGUUUCGGACACAACAACGGAGGACUAACAGCCGCCUUCGGGUGUCGGACUGAACACGAAGCCUCUGACAUGGUGAGCUGGCUCACUGUUAUGAUUGUACACAUUGAAACAUAUUGAGCUCAUUUUAAAUAAGCGGUUUUCUAGCUCAGUAAUUUAUUGUUUUAUCCUCCUUUAGAAAGGCAUCCGGGUCAUUUAAUAGCUGCUCUCGUGCCACCAUACUUUUUCAAGAACUGGAAUAUUCGCUGCAUUUCGCUGGAGCUCCUUGAAUGGUGAAAGUAGUCUUUUGUUUUUAUUCAUCUCAUGGAGGAAAAUCUGGAUCUAUGGAAGCUCAUUUCUGCCAAUGUGACGGAAAAAGAAAGGAUUCUGUAACUCAAUAUAAUGAGAAACUUUCUCGAAAUAAUGACUUUAAUCUCAAAAUAAUGAGAAACUUUCUCAAAAUAAUAACUUGGUAUCUCAAAAUAAUGAGAAACUUUCUCAAAAUAAUGACUUAGUAUCUUAAAAUAAUGUGAGUUUGAUAUAAAAAGUAACGACGUACAGAAUCAGUUUUUAGUCCCGUUACAUUGGUAUUAAUGGUCUUCCAUAGAUUUUGUUGUGUUUAGAAAUGUACAGUACCGUAGAACCAGUAAGAGUUUAGUUUUCCCAUCUGAGGGUUAGAAGAAUAUUUCUUUAGUGAAAGGUUGACAUCUAGUGGUUGCUUUAGGUUACGCAUGUCUCAAUCUAGAUCUCGCCCAGAGGAGUAGGAAUGUUACAGAGCUGCAGCAAUUAAUCGAUUAGUUGCUUUUAUGAUCAAUUAAUCAUUUUGAGCUUCUCAAAUGUGAAGAUUUUCUGGUUUCUUUAGUCUUCUGACUCUUCAAACAACUAAUUGAUUAAUUGAGAAAAUUAUCAGAAACGACAUUAUUGAUCAGCUGCAGCCCUGAAAUGUUGUAGAAAUAGUUUCAAACAUUUAGAAAAUUAUCCAAAUAACAACAAAUCAGCAUUGCAAUUUAAUGCCGUUAUAUUUGACUGACGUGUUCUGGCUUUUUAUGACAUUUGACUGUAUUUCAGUGCUUAAACUAAACAAUGUUUUCAGUAAUUGUGAUUCAGAGCAGCCGCAGUUUUCUCCAGUAAAGUUACAGUAAAGUUACAGUAGAACGACAUUGUUGAGCACUUCAGGUGUUUAAUUCUACAGAUUUGUUGUAUAUGGAAGCACCUUUUGUUUGGAUGAAACUGACGGAGCUGAAACAAUACAACGUUUAUCUUCCUCGAUA